AUGAAUUUGGAUAUAAAUGUUUGCGACGAAUAUCAAAGAACACCAUUAUUCAUAUCAUGUUGGGAGGGAAAUGUAGACAUAGUUCAUUUACUAUUAAACAACAAAUGUAACCCUGAUCUGUGUAGCAAAUAUGGCAUGUCUGCUCUGUAUGUUGCGUCAUGGAUGGGAUUUAGUCCUAUUGUAAAGUUGCUGUUAGAAACAUAUGGAUAUGAAAAUGCUGUUUCACUUCUGUUGAAGGAUCAAAUUCAUGCUGGAAAUUUUUGUCAAGAUGACAAGUCACCUAUAACUCUGGCUUUGGAAAAUGAAAACAUCUUAAAUAUGUUAUUGGAAAAUGAUUUCUUUCAAUUUUGUAAGUCACAUCAACAGCUUUUAUGUAAAGCAGCAUCGCAAGGAUUUGUAAAAAUUGUGGAGUUAUUAUUACAGUAUAAUGUAACUCCCAAUGAUUGUAAUAACUUUCGCGAGUCACCACUUUUUUUGGCAAUUAAAUCUUAUAAUAUAGAUAUUGUCAAACUGUUGAUACAUAAUAAAGCCAAUCCUAAUAUAUCAGAUGUGAACGGGAAUUCACCUUUACACCUAGCAGCACAAUGUAAUAAAACAGAAGCAGCAGCAAUAUUGCUAGAACACGGUUGUGAUAUAAACUUAUGCAAUAGAAAUGGCGAGUCACCGCUUUAUUGGGCAAUUAAAUCUUAUAAUGCAGAUAAUUUCAAACUGUUGAUACAUAAUAAGGCCGAUCCUAAUAUAUCAGAUAUGAAUGGGAAUUCACUUUUACAUCUAGCAGCACAAUGUAAUAAAACAGAAGCAGCAGCAAUAUUGAUAGAACACGGUUGUGAUAUGAACUUAUGCAAUAAAAAUGGCAAGUCACCACUUCAUGUGGCAAUUAAAUCUGAUAAUGCAGAAAUUGUAAAAAUCUUGAUUGAUAAUAAGGCCGAUCCUUAUAUAUCAGAUAUGAAUGGGAAUUCACCUUUACACCUAGCAGCACAAUGUAAUAAAACAGAAGCAGCAGCAAUAUUGCUAGAACACGGUUGUGAUAUAAACUUAUGCAAUAGAUAUGGCGAGUCACCACUUUAUUUGGCAAUUGAAUCUUAUAAUGUAGAUAUUGUCAAACUUUUGAUACAUAAGAAGGCCGAUCCUAAUAUAUCAGAUAUGAAUGGAAAUUCACCUUUACACAUAGCAGUACAAUGUAAUGAAAUAGAAGCAGCUGAAAUAUUGCUAGAACAUGAUUGUGCUAUAAACUUAUGCAAUAGAAAUGGCAAGUCACCACUUUAUUUAGCAAUUGAAUCUUAUAAUGUAGAUAUUGUCAAACUUUUGAUACAUAAGAAGGCCGAUCCUAAUAUAUCAGAUAUGAAUGGAAAUUCACCUUUACACAUAGCAGUACAAUGUAAUGAAAUAGAAGCAGCUGAAAUAUUGCUAGAACACGAUUGUGAUAUAAACUUAUGCAAUAAAAAUGGCGAGUCACCGCUUUAUGUGGCAAUUAAAUCUGAUAAGGGAGAAAUGGUAAACAUUUUGAUAAAUAAUAAGGCCGAUCCUAAUAUAUCAGAUAAAUAUGGCCAGUCCCCUUUACAUCUAGCUGUGAAAUAUAAUAAAACAGAAGCAUCUGAAAUAUUGAUAGAACCCGAUUGUGAUAUAAACUUGUACAAUAAAGCUGGCGAGUCACCACUUUAUUUGGCAAUUAAAUAUGAUAAUUUUGAUAUUGUAAAAUGUUUGAUACAUAAUAAGGCUGAUCCCAAUAAAUUAGAUAACUAUGGGAAUUCACCUUUACACCUAGCAGCACAAGAUAAUAAAGUAGAAGCAGCUGCAAUAUUGCUAGAACACGAUUGUGAUAUAAACUUAUGCAAUGUAAAUGGCCAGUCGCCACUAUAUGUGGCAAUUGAAUCUGAUAAUGUAGAUAUUGUAAAACUUUUGUUACAUAAUAAGGCCAAUCCUUAUAUAUCAGAUACAUAUGGCGAGUCAAAUCUGGGAGUAAAAUGGAAAAAAGAAGAAAAAAAGGUCGCUUCUAUGUUUAUGGUAUCAAAUCUUGAUUCUACAAAUCUAGGCAUAUCAUUGCCAGAAUACACGUGUAAUCCAGGCAUUUUUAAUGCAAACAGCAACUCUGCAUUGUAUGUUGCGUCAGAUAAAGGGGAUACUGAAAUAGUUAAACUAUUGCUAGAACUCAAGUGUGAUCCAAACUUUGUACAUGAAAACAGCAACUCUGCAUUGUGUGUUGCUUCAGUUAAAGGACAUACUGAAAUAGUCAAACUAUUGCUGGAACACAAGUGUGAUCCAAACUUUGUUAAUAAAAACAGAAACUCUGCAUUGUAUGUUGCGUCAGAUAGAGGGCAUACUGAAAUAGUUCAACUAUUGCUAGAACACAAGUGUGAUCCAAACUUUGUACAUGAAAACAGCAACUCUGCAUUGUGUGUUGCUUCAGUUAAAGGACAUACUGAAAUAGUCAAACUAUUGCUAGAACACAAGUGUGAUCCAAACUUUGUAAAUGAACACAGCAACUCUGCAUUGUAUGUUGCUUCAGACAACAGUAACUCUGCAUUAUGUGUUGCGUCAGAUAGUGGACAUACUGAAAUAGUCAAACUAUUGCUAGAAUAUAAGUGUGAUCAAAAUGUUGUUAAUAAAAACAGCAACUCUGCAUUGUUUGUUGCGUCAGCUAAAGGAUAUACUGAAAUUGUCAAAUUAUUGCUGGAACACAAGGGUGAUCCAAACGUUGUUAAUAAAAACAGAAACUCGGCAUUGCAUUUUGCAUCAGAUAAAGGACAUAUUGAAAUAGUCACACUAUUGCUAGAACACAAGUGUGAUCCAAACAUUAUUGAUGAAAACAGCAACUCUGCAUUACAUUUUGCCUCAGCUGGAGGACGCACUGCAAUUGUCAAAUUAUUGCUAGAACACAAGUGUGAUCCAAACGUUGUUUAUGAAAAUACCAACUCUGCAUUAUGUGUUGCGUCAGAUAAAGGACAUACUGAAAUAGUCAAACUAUUGCUGGAACACAAGUGUGAUCCAAACGUUGUUAAUAAAAACAGUAACUCUGCAUUGCAUUUUGCAUCAGAUAAAGGACAUACUGAAAUAGUUAAACUAUUGCUAGAACACAACAGUGAUUCAAACAUUAUUAAUGAAAAUAGCAACUCUGCAUUGCAUUUUGCGUCAGCUCUAGGACAUACUGAAAUAGUUAGAUUAUUAUUAGAUAAUGGAAGCAAUCCUCAUAUUUGCAAUCAAAAGUACGAAUCUCCAAUUUAUGUUGCUUCUCGUAAUGGCAAUACAGAAAUUGUAACGUUAUUGUUAAAUCAAUGGCAAUACAGAAAUUGUAACGUUAUUGUUAAAUCAUAA